ACCUGGGAGAGCGGCGCCAGCUCCAUCCCCCAAGCCUGUGGCGCUGUGUUCUGCCGCCGUGUUUUUCGGCGGAGUGGAGUCGGCCGCGGGGCCUGCGGGGGAUGCUCCUUCCCGGUUCCAGGCGGGACUGUGCGCGGCGGCCGGGAGCGGCGGCCGGAGGCGGCGGUUGGUGAAGGGCAAUUGCAGCAAUGGACUGACGGGUAAAGAUGGAGAGGGGGAGAGGAGGAGGAGAAAGGAGUGGGGGGGGCUCCAGCCUCCACAGGAGCAUUUACUCCCAGUCUCAACAGCAGUAUCACUAUCCUGCCUCCUCUCAGGGGGGCUGCAUGGAGAUCCAGGAGCUAGCCUCCAAAAGGGUGGACAUCCAAAAAAAGCGAUUUUAUCUGGAUGUGAAGCAGAGUUCCAGAGGCCGCUUCCUGAAGAUAGCGGAGGUCUGGAUAGGAAGAGGCAGGCAGGAAAAUAUCAGGAAAAGCAAACUGACUCUCUCCUUGUCUGUGGCUGCUGAGCUGAAGGAUUAUCUGGGAGAUUUCAUAGAGCACUAUGCCCAUUUGGGCCUCAAAGGCAGCCAUAGUCAUAGACAUGAACACAGUAAUGGUAAAGAGCAAGAUUUGAGAAGGCGGCAACAGCAUCAUCUGCUUUCGCCUCCAGCAUCUGUUGAAUCAGAAGAGCAUCCUCACAGUGUCCUGAAAACUGAAUAUAUAGAAAGAGACAACAGGAAGUAUUAUCUCGACCUGAAGGAGAAUCAACGUGGGCGUUUCUUAAGGAUUAGACAAACCAUGAUUAGAGGACCGGGCAUGAUAGGUUAUUUUGGCCACAAUUUGGGACAGGAACAGACUAUUGUCCUUCCAGCCCAAGGGAUGAUUGAAUUCAGGGAUGCUUUGGUCCAGCUAAUUGAAGAAUAUGGGGAGGGAGAUAUAGAAGAACGACGAGGUGGGGGUGAUGAACCCCUUGAGCUUCCAGAGGGGACUUCCUUCAGGGUGGAUAACAAGCGGUUCUACUUUGAUGUGGGAUCUAACAGGUAUGGCAUUUUUUUGAAGGUAAGUGAGGUGAGACCACCUUACCGUAACACCAUCACUGUCCCGUAUAAAGCGUGGACAAGGUUUGGGGAAAACUUUAUCAAGUAUGAAGAAGAAAUGAGGAGAAUUUACAACAGCCAUAAAGAGAAAAGAAUGGAUGUCACAGGUGACAGUGGUGAAGAGCAAGAGGGUCUGGAAUAGAGUGCAUUUGAACUGGUUGUCAGGCAAAACAGAAAACCAUAAAUUGACUGAAGGUAGUUUGAAUAUUUAGUAGUCUGAAGAAGUUGCCCCUCAUUUUUUUGCAAGUCCUUUUCCUGUUGUUAGUAAUAACUCCAGUAUAUAAUACUUCUGAAGUCUGGUUAUGUUAAAUGACACCCAACACAUCUCUCUAAUUCCUAUUGGAAUAUCAGCCUCCCAAAUCUAAAUGAAUCAGCUGUUUCAAGUGUUGAAGGCUAUGAAAGUAUGCAUAUCAGCACAAAAAUCUGACAUUCUGACCUUUAAAUAGUCUAGGUAAGGCUUGUGUUGCACGAGAACAUGAUACAAAAAAGCCAGACGUACCUUAUGCUGAAAAGUAUUGGUUUCUGUUUAUGAUGGGUUUUCCAGAACUAAAUAUUGUCCAUGCUGAGUUAAAAUCUGAAACGCUUAACUACAGGUCAUUUACCACAGAAAUUGACUUUGUAUGCAUUUUAUCUACUUAUACGAGGAAAGGUAGAAAUUAUAAAUCAGUGUUCACUAGUUGCUGAAUUUUAAGCAAUGUUCUUUAUGGAUAAACUCUCGAUAGCAGGUCAAGCCUUUAUAAAGGAUUGUCAAAGAGUGGAAUAUUAAUUUCUUAGCUUAAUAGUUCUGUGGUAACCAAAAAAUUUGAGUGCCACAGAAAAGUAAAUCUGUGUUUGAAUUGUGAUGGGUUAUCCCAAAUUAAUGAAAAUAAUCCAUUCUUCAUCUACAUAUUACAUCAUGUAAGGUUGAGGAUUUUUUUAAUGUACUCUCAAAAUUUCAAAAACUAUUUUUAUAUUAUUGGUGGUUUGGGGGGCUCUAACAAGGAGCUGGGAAGUGGGCAUUUUGGUGGCUGAAUGAUUGUUACAAGUGGGUGUCCAGGGUUUUCUCCCAAUUUUAUGAGUAACACGGGUAUGAUAUUAAAAGUAUGAGGAUAGCUUCUGAUUUUGUCCUUCUGCUUUGAGGAAAAAUCUUUGGGAGAGUUUGGUGCAUGACUUAAUUGGUAUAAAAAUGCUUCUCUAAUUUCAUACUUAUUGGUAGCACAUUUACAAUGCUAUGGCUAAAGCUGUGUCAGCAUUUCCAUUACAAAUUUAUUCUUUUUAUAGGUUUCAGUAUUCCAAGAUUAUAUCUAUGCCCCCACCUCCAUCACUCCUUCCCCACCAUGUUAAAGCUGUGGCCAUGAUCCUGCAAUUUGAAUCACGUGGGCAGACUGUUAGGCCUGCGUGAAGUCCCCUUGAAGACUAUGGAGCUGCAUCUUCCCCCAGAUUGCUGCCUUGAAAUCCAAAUACUCUGCCUGGAGGGGAAAUGUGUAGCAUUAUCUGUUCAGGAGGGUUGAGAUAGAAAGGGGACAUAGAAUAAUCUAAAUGCUUUUGGAUCUCAAAGCAAAAACAGAUUUAUUUUUAUGAAGAAAUUUUUCAGCAUUUAGGGGCCAAUUCAUCUCUCACUGAAAUCAAUGGGAGUUGGAUUGGGCUAUAAAUCCCUUGCUUAGAGACUCCAUUUUGCCUACCUUUUUAUGUAUAUUUUUUAAACUGCUACUGUAUAUCUACAGAAAUUUAUCACCACCCAAAUCAUGUUUUUUAAUGAAGUAGCUAAGUGUGCAUAGGGCCAGCUAUCUUUUAAUCCGAACAGUAAAUUUUAAUCUGCUAACACACUUAUCUGCCCCCCAAAAUUGUCUCCAGUCUUAAUUUUAAUCUGCCUGCACACUUGAAGGCCACACUAAAUUCAAACACCUUAUCAUGUUUUGAUCUGAUAUACCAUUAGUAAUAUCAGGAAGGACUGUAUGUGGAGUUUAAGUGAAUAAUCUGGCCUUUAGUUUGGAUGCUAAAAAUGAUCAAACUACAAAAAAGCUUGCACCAAAGUCGCCAAAGAACUAUUAGGAACCUGUUAUGCCUGUGACAGAAAAGAAUAGAUGUAAAGAAGUUAAUUUCACUGUUUUAGGUGAUUUCCUUAGAGCUAACAACCAGUUGGCCUAGUGGUAAAAAAAAAAUACCAUAAACUAAUCACCAAUGUAUAGAUUGCUGUUUCAGAUAUUUUCUAAUCCAAAGCAAAAUUUUCUUAUUUGGUCACUUGAAUUGCUGAUGGGCCAUUUGGGCCACGACCAAGCAAUUGAUGGUUAUAACCUUAGUCCUAGGACUAAUGGUUCCUAUUGGAUAGUGAAGUACUAAAAAAAAAAAAGAUGUUUUAAGAAGUCACAAAUCAUACUAAAAUAACGAUUUAUACUGUUGUUGGCUUGAUAGCAGAAUAUUAGUGAAUGAUUCAUCAAUGCCUAAAUUACCAUCUCACUGAUUGCCGCUGCCCAUGACAGUGUCUAAAGUAGUGAUGAACUUGUCAAAACUUCCAGCAAUCUGGAACUAUGAAUGUAAGAACUUUUUCUGCUCCCUUCUCCCUUUGCACUCCAUCUCCACGUGGGUUUUCCCCUCUACACUCAGCAUCUUCCAGUCUAAAAUAAUGUUUGCAUCACUUGAUAUAAAAAGCUCAUUCACUGGAAUUGUUCCUCCGUAAUAUGUGCAAUGCAGAUAAUCUUGCAUUCCGUGUGUUCUUUUGCUCUUAAUGGAGAAAAAUAUUUUAAUUGUGCAAGUAAUUUAGUAAUUUUAAAAAAAUACAUUUCCUUUACAGGUUUAAAAAACAAACAGGUGCAAAGUGGCAUUGUUAUUGUUAUCAAGUUGCCAUUUUGGAGAAUUAGAGCUAGCCUAUGUCUUAGCUAUUGAAAGUGCUCCAGUGAAGAUGUAGACCGGUAUCAGUUUACAUCACUGCUUCAUAAUUAGGUUUCCUGUAUUUAUUAAUUGGCCUUCAGAAAUGCAUUGAUGUAUUGUAACUAUUACCCCAGGAAGUCAGUAUCUGGCUGCUGUACAAGCUCAAUUCUCAGCUCUGAUACACAAGUAAGUGUUGCCUGUAUUUUGUAAAACCAGCUAAUGCACUUACUCUCACAGGGUGAUACGCACCUGAGUAUCCGGGACGACACUUGAGCCGGCUAUCACCAGUUAAAGCACUGACUACUGGUUUUCCAUAGAAAUGUAACGCACUGAUUGCAAAUACUAUGAUCCAAGCAUAACAUUAACAAACUCAAAAUAUAGAAAUGCAAACCUACAUUGGUUACAUUUGGAAACGGGUUCCUCAUUAUUUUUGGCAGUGUGUUCCCAGCUUUAGAGAGCAGCAGUAUUAUGCUGCUUAUGUGCAGAAGGGCCAUUAUAACACAAAGGAAUAUUGAAUUCCCAGUGCAUUCUAAAUAGAUUGUCAUUCUUUAAGCCCUAAAACUGCCUGACCCUUAAACUUGAGAAAAACACAAGCUUGUUUGCACUAAAGAGCAUGGCCAAAAACAAUUCUAAGAGGACAGGGUGAAAAGCAUCAGUCUGAAUCUCUUGAAUUAAUAGGUUCUCAUGAGAGAAUUUUACAUUAAAGCCCUCACCUCUGUUUUAAAGCUGUGUGGUCCAGGCAGAAAGUCUGUCAGUUCUAUAAUUAAAUAAUAAUGCACUUUAUUUUGUAAAUAAUAGAAGCACAUUUCUGCUAUUAGUUUGGUAGGAUGUGUUUCAGUAAUAUAUAGCCUAAAUCUGUAAGAGGUGGCCUCCUGCAUGCACGUCUGUCAGAGCUCUGUUGUAAUCACUUGAUCCAGUUACAAUGGUAUGGUAGAGAAGGCAGGCACUAUUAAAAGUCCUUUCAAAACCACAAGUCUGAUUCCCUCCCC